CUCGCUAUUUUGAAAGGGGGGAACUGGAAAAGAGCCAGUCUUCCUCGAAGUGGCGGGUUGUGUGCUAAUAACCUGCAGCUGGCGUUAGAUUUGGUCUUCGAUUUAAAAACUUAAGGUUAAUAGAACUUCAGACGUUUAGUCUUGACGUUUGUCAAUGAAAUAAAUCAAAUUCUAACUGCACCUGAUUUAAGCAUGUUUACCCUUGUUACCAUUUGCUAGUUACUUCUUGUUUUGUUAUAUUUUUAACAGCCGAUUGAAAUCAUAGACGUGAACAAAAUAGUGUUCUGUGAGCAUUAUGCUAAUUGUGCUGUUUGCAAUGUGCUUAGGUGCAUGAAAUCUCUCUUCGAGUACAGACCAUUCAAAGAGUUAAAAGUAAACACAGUUGCUAUCCUUUCCUCCAUCCGCCAAAGUUCAGUUUGCCCUAAGUACUUUAAACCUAUCAGCAGACCACGUGAACGAAAAGCAACGACUCAAAAAUACAAAUUGCACCAUUAAGAUGUCAUUCAACACGCUAUUCUAACCCUCAAACCCGCCUCAUUAUUUUCAAGUUUCUUAAAAUAUAUAAUUUGAAAUGUAUUUACCACUUUUUAAUGAUGAAAAUUUCGCAAAUCACAAGUUAAUUUAAAUUUUUGUGUUCCAUUCCCUUGUUUGAAAAAGUUUGUGAGCUAAAUUUUAUCAAUAUCGUAAAAAAAAUCCCCUCUAUAUGAUUCAAAGACGCUCUCCGAUUCCAAACCAAAACCAAAAUGAUUUAAUUUGGAAUGUGAUUAAUAUUUCUGUUAUCUCGAAAUGCGAGUUGUUUGUUGGCAAAUAUCACGAAGUGAGUUCUGAAAUGUUAUUCAUACAAAUCACUUAUAGUUCUAUUUCCCAGAUACACUAAAAGUUCAAAGAACAAGAUAGAAGUAGAAAAAUCAGAAGAAGUCAUCGUCAGAGUUUGUUUAAUCAGAAAUUCAAUUCAGAUUUAUUAUUCUUGUCCUAAUCCUUUUGUCGGCCUGAUGGAUUCGGAUGAGUUGUCGACCUGUGGUAACAACCUCCAGAAGAUUCCAGAGGGACUACUGCAGGACUGGAUGAAGAAUCUACCAGAACAGGUGAAACAACUUCCCCUCGCUAGUCUUGCCAUUCCAGGAUCCCAUGACUCUGCCGCGUACUAUUUGGACAAAAAACUUCCCCUGCAUCCUUUCCAUCACAACCUAUUUGUACGUACUCUCACCUCUUUGCCCUUCGCACGCGGCUUCGCACGUAAAUGGGCCAUUACUCAGAACCUGACAAUCAAACGACAGUUGGAACAUGGCAUUAGAUACUUCGAUUUCCGGGUAGUCGUCUGCCCCGUCACUGGUAAUUUUCGGUUCUGUCACGCGCUUUACGGGAAGGAGAUUGGACAAGAUCUAGAAGACAUAGCGCAAUUCGCUGCGAAUCACCCGCAAGAAGUGCUAUUACUCGAUUUCAACCAUCUUUACGGGUUCGCGAAUGAAGAGAAAUUUGAGCAGCUUAUCACGAUUGUAACUUCGUAUUUUCCAGGAAAAAUAUGGUCUAUUGAGGAUUCAGAGAAAACAAAAAUUGAGACGAUAACAAUUAGCGAAAUUCUCGCCAAAAACAGGCAAAUUUUGCUGUUCGCAAAACUCCUCUUCAAUAAGACAUUUCCACAAGUUUUGCCCACCAAAGUGCUGCGAUCUUAUUGGCCCAACAAGAACAAGAAGGAAUCAGUUAAUCAGUUCAAUUUCAAUACUCUGAAGUCCAAAGACGUGAAUCAAAUGUCGGUCAUUCAAUGCAUCAUGACUCCGAGGAUGGAAAAUGUGAUAUCACCUCGCAAUCGAUCUCUGUACAGAUAUGAGAAGAAAUUGAUGCAAGAUUUGCCCGAGUGGCUAGACAAAACACGAAGCAGUGGGCUGAAACCGAACAUCAUCAUAGCCGACUUCAUCGGGGAAAAUACUUUUGUAGCCAAUGUCAUAGCCUACAAUGAACGAUAACAUUGAAACGAUUUAUCAAUAUUAUUGAUAACUCAUUUAUUACUUAAAUUUCACUUUUGCAAAUUAGAUAAUCGAUUUUUGAUCAGAGUUGAAAUAUAUCAAAGCA